AAUGUCCAUCACUGCGUUACAAUGCAUCGAAUAUAUGGUCGAAAUAUGAUGAAACUUCAAAUGUCAAAUUAAAAAAUCAUAUAUCAUAAAUCGAAGACGUAAUUUCACUGAAAUUUGCUGGGACGUUUUUCCGAUCGACGAUAUUCGAAAUAACUGAUAUUCCAAAAUGAAUAAUAUCAGUGAUGACGAGACUCCGACUCGCUUGCGAAAUGAAGAUUUUCUAGAAGAAUUAGCUUCAACGCCGGUGGAAGAACGGCAAGAAAACGAGAGAAUUAAACAACUCUCUAUAAGAUACUUAGAAAACAAAGAUCCUUCGAGAGAGUAUAGGAAUCUAACAUCUAGAUUACUAACAUUUAGUCAGUGGCCAAUCUCUUCAAUCUUAUCGUUUGAAAGAAUUGCUAAAUCUGGUUUUUAUUAUCUUCAAUACGACGACAUGGUGCAAUGCGCGUAUUGUGCAAGUAUUGUAUGGAAGUGGAAACUUAGUAACGGUUUAAAUCCAGAUACAGAAUACAUGGUACAUUUUCCUGACUGCGAUCGUCCAGACAGAGAUGAUAUACUGUAUUUAAAUAACAUAAAGUUAAAGCCUGGUAAAAGAUCGAGUCUCACAAAAUUAGGUGUACAGAUACACACGGCUCCUAAAAACCCAAAUUAUUCGACGUACGAGAAAAGAUUGCAUACUUUUUAUGGUUGGCCGGAAAAUCGGAUUCAAACUCCGAAACUGUUGUCCAUCGCUGGAUUUUAUUACACCGGAUUUGGUGAUCUUGUUAGAUGUUUUCAUUGCGAUGUCGGUAUAAGAUCUUGGGAAGCAACGGAUGAGGCGUGGAACGAACACGUCAGAUGGUCUCCCAAAUGUGUGUUCGUAAAUCUCAUAAGGGGACCAGAAUUUGUCAAACGUUGUAUCGAUAAUAGACGACCUUUAAGUCCAUCGAUUUUCCGGGGCGUGGCGGAAGAUGGAGAACCAGCCACAGCCGAAGCACCACCAUCUCUCGCUUUGUCUACAAAUUUACCAUCUACGCAAGAUAAUGGGCCAGAAAGAUUGUCGGAUAGUCCGCUAACAACAUAUGUUUCAGAAAUUGCGUUACACACGCAGAGAAUAAAUACAGUUAUGACAAAACUAAUGGAAACAAUUGGACCCCUGUAUUUAAAUUUCAAUCAACAUAUGGACGUACCUCGUGAACAAAUAAUGGAGGACGAUACUAGAAACGAAUCAAUUUCUACGUUAGAUCACGCUGUGAGGGAGCAAAUAAAUUAUACUACGGAACAGUCUGAUGAUAACGAAUCGCAUACUACAACUAUGAGCGAAACUACGAAUGAAUAUAAAAAUGAGAUACUCUCGAAUAAGGAAGAGGAGCAUGAAAUAUCUAAUAACGAAAGUGAUGAAAAUAAGCUAAAGAUUAAACUUAAGGAAAUUGCGUCUUUAAAAGAAGAAAAUAAAAAACUAAAAGAAGCUCGUUUAUGUAAAAUUUGUAUAGAUCGACAGAUAGCUAUUGUGUUUUUACCUUGCGGACACUUAACUUGCAUUCACUGUGCCCUGUCCCUUGCUAUCUGUCCAAUGUGUCGACGAGAAAUUCGUGCUACCGUUCGUGCAUUUUUAUCGUAAACCGAACAACAAAACGCAGGAUAUUAAUUAAUAAAUAUAUCAGUAAGUAUAUUUAUUCAAAGUCGGUAAUUUAAGUUGUAAAUACAUGCGACAUUGCGUAAAGAUAUAUUUUUUUGUACAGUUUUCUAGAAUAUUAUUAUAUCGAGCGUUUUUUGUUCCGCGAUAAGGACAUGUAAAAAAAAUGAUAAAAUAAUUUAAGCGUUAAUAAUAUUAUUUCUGUUGAAUAAAGGAACUUGCGUUGAUAUUCUUAGUAAGUACAAAUUCCAGAACGUUUUAGAGAAAAGUAAUUGUUUUUGCAAGACAAUUACGCGGUGCUCGCCGGCUCUGAAAAAUCAAGAUGGCCGCUCCAAAUUUACGUAUUCACGUAAUUCACGUUAUUGAUACGCAAAUACAAAGGGCACAUUUGUUAGAUACAGUUAAUUCAUAGAGUUUGGAGAACUUUUAAAAUUUCUUACUACAGGAUUAAAAAAUUAUUUAUUUAUACAGGGUGUUUGACCAAAGGUGGGAAAAA